AUGGAUCUCAGGGAGAUCCAAGGGUUCAAGGAGAAAUUUCACGCAAUCCUCAAGCUGCAGGCCCAUUCUGAGUUGAAUAGGAAAAGUAAAUACUUCUACACCUGGCAUGAGGAGGGUGCACGGCUACCAGAAUGCUGGCAUGAGGGACACGAUCCCACUCCACACUACUGGUCAAAGGGUCAGUGGGACUGGAUGGCCAAAGGUGACAUUGCCAUUGCCUAUCACCGCUUCUACCUACCAAUAUCUGCAUGCUCGGCACGUGUUAAGGUCAUGCUCAAGGGAGAGGUUGCUCAAAGGGCUUCGGCUUCAGCUUGUGUGCUGCACCCCUUACCCGAGUACGUGCCCUUUAAUUUCCGGGGGACAGAGGGGAAGUCCCACGGAAGUCCAGGGAGUUCCGGAGGACUAGUGUCGGUGGAGUUCAGCGGAACUCUGGAAGGUUUAUGUAGGGACGGAGUAAGACUACUAUGGAAGUCCGGAGUAGAAACAGAACAGAGGUUAGACUACCCUAAGGUAGAGCUGGAGGAUUAG